ACGUGAGUCCAGAGCGCCCUCUAGCGUCGCAGCGAGAUAAACGCUGCGGUAGUAAAGCCGGAGACGCGACUGCUGGAUAGUAACACAGCCAGGGAUGAACUGUAAAAUGAAAUGUGCACCGUUUUUAAUGGUCGUUGACUAAAUCACAUAACGACGCACGAGUCCACCAUUUGGAAUUUGGCCUCGGGUGAAAGAAACGCGAUUGUUUGACCCAAUGGGACUGGUGGACGCCGGGGUUCGAUAGGCCGAGAGCGAAAGAGAAAGAGAGAGUAGGGCGUCAGACGAGCAGGAAAGCCCGAGGAUUGAAAUCGGGCCCGUGCUCCAAAGGCAAUUCAUGGCUGAAGAUCCUCAGAGAAACUUCCGCUCCAUUUAUUAUGAAAAGGUGGGCUUCCGCGGAGUGGAAGAGAAGAAGUCUCUGGAAAUUUUGCUGAAAGAUGAUCCGUUGGAUGUAGAAAAACUUUGUACCUUCAGCCAGAGGUUUCCCCUUCCUUCGUUGUAUCGAAUUCACGUCUGGAAAGUCCUCCUUGGAAUUCUCCCCCCUCAUGCUGAGUCUCAUCAUGUUGUCAUGAAGUACAGAGACGAGCAAUAUCACGACGUCCUCCAUGCCCUCCAAGUGAUGCGCUACGUACAUGAGAACACUCCCAAAGUAGAGAUAUUUCUCCGAAUGUAUCAGCUGGAGACCGAAAAGCUUCCUCGGCAAACAGACAUCACACACCUGGAACCCGAGGAUGAAGACUUCUCUGCCAUUGCAAAAGCCAUGUAUGAAAUGGUAAAGAAUGAAGUGGACUCUUACUGGCUCAUUAAAUGCUUUGUGAAUCAGUUUAGUCACAAAUAUGGCGAUUCAUUACCACACUUGCCAAAGAGUCUGGAGUAUUAUCUCAGCCUUGAAGACAGCAGACUUCUGAACCACCUCAAGUCGUGCAGCGCGAUGGGCAAGCUGCCAUACGGCCUCUGGUUCAGAAAGUGUUUUGCCGGCUGUUUGCCUGAUUCGAGUCUUCAGAGGGUUUGGGAUAAAUUAAUAAGUGGUUCUUGCAAAAUCCUUGUGUUCGUCGCCAUGGAGAUUCUGCUCAGUUAUAAAAUCAUGCUUUUGGGAAUGAACAAAGCUGAAAGCAUCACUCAGUUUUUGGAAAAUAUGCCUCAAGAAAACACCGACGCGAUCGUCAGCAAAGCAGUUGACCUGUGGCAUAAGCACUGUGGGACCCCGAUGCACACGAUUUAAUGGUGACAAGGCUGUGUGCUCUGGCUGCUGCUCACUUGUAUACUUUUGUGACUUUUAUAGUCUUAAAAUAAUAAAAGAAUAUUCCAACAUACAUUUGUUAAUAAGUCGAUGGUGACCAUUGUUAGACCUCUGGCUUGUCCAUGACAAACUCUCCCAGAGGUCGUGUGAUACGAUCCACAAGUCAUCCAUCGUAUGCUAACAGCGUCCCACACACGUGUUUUGACAGAAAUAUCGUUGUUGAAUCUUCUUCCAGAAAACGCUGGGACAGACGUGAAUGAGCAUUUGAACUGCAGGGCCGUCUGCCGGAGUUCCGUUUCUAUUUGCUUCCACAACUGGAGUACUUUGGGAUUAUUUAGUAGCAGGAUGUGAAACUCCAUGGGGAGACUUUCUGAUUUCUUGAAGCUCUGAGGCUUAUUCUCCACCUGAAGAUGUUUUCUGCUUUACUUCACAAGAGCACUUUCCAGAAAUGACUAUUCCACAUUAAUAAAAUGACAACUUGUGUCUGUA